AUGGCUGCCCCGGCGGAUAAGCACAUUGGUGACCUCAAUGGCAAGUGGGUUAUGGUAUGCUCCCCUCUCCAAUACCAAAACCCCCGUUACAGACCCGAAGCUCACACCUCCCAGAACAAGGCCCAAUCCGACUCCGUCGACCCGGCCCUUCAGCUCCAGAGCGUCGGCUGGAUGACACGCAAGAUCAUCGGCCUCGCCACGUUGACGCUGCACGUGAAGCAAUUUGUUGCACCGCCCUCUCCGCCCGCCGACCCGGCCAAUCCUCCCGUCACCCACAUCGAGAUCGAGCAGACUGGUACUGGUGGCAUGAAGGGCACGACAGAGAAGCGGUGCCUGGACUAUACGUUCCGCGAUCACAGCGACUGGAUCUUUGGCCACGUCAAGGGCCAGAGCCGCUUCAUCAAGACGGAGGAGAUCGACGACGAGUUCCUCAAGAAAGGCUGGCUGGAGGGCGAGGAAGAGGCCAAGGGUCCGAAUGGCGAGACUCACAUCAUCUCGCACGUUGAGAGCUACGACAACGGGUGGACGGCGACCCAGAUUUGGGGGUUCAAGAAUAUCAAUGGCGAGAGGAAGUAUGUCCGGAAUGUGGUGGUCAAGAAGGGUGCUGAGAGGGUUGAGAUCCAGCUGGUGUAUGACUACCUCGGGAGCGACUGA